UCCAUCUAACAGCCUUAGUUACUCAAAUAUAUUCCAGUUACUGUUUAGGAUUUAAAUCACCAAAAUUAAUCUGACUUUGAUGUUUCAGGAUGUUGGCUGACUCAGUAGCCAAUCACAGUCCAAACUGUGGGUUUGGAUGUAACCAGUCUAUGGUUUUGGAGGGACAGGGGCCACCGAUGCUGGUGGAUGCCUGGCUGGUGCCCACUUUCUUUGUCCUCAUCAUGUUGGUCGGUCUGGUCGGGAACUCGUUGGUCAUCCACAUCAUCACUAAGCACCAGCAAAUGAAGACUGCCACCAAUUUUUACAUUGUAAAUCUGGCUGUGACUGACAUCGUGUUUCUGGUGUGCUGUGUGCCCUUCACUGCUACCUUGUAUCCUCUGCCGAGCUGGAUAUUUGGAGAGUUUAUGUGCAGGAUGGUGAACUACCUUCAGCAAGUGACUGCUCAGGCGACAUGUAUUACUCUGUCUGCUAUGAGUGUGGACCGGUGCUAUGUCACCGUCUACCCUCUGCAGUCGCUGCGGCACCGCACCCCGCGCAUGGCUCUGGCUGUCUCUGUGUCCAUCUGGAUAGGUUCACUGCUUGUGUCAGUUCCUGUGGCUAUGUACCAGCGUCUGGAGGCUGGUUACUGGUUUGGUCCUCAGACAUACUGCAGCGAGGUCUUCCCCUCACCCCACCUUCAGAAAGUCUUCAUCAUCUACACCUUCCUUGCUGUAUAUUUACUGCCCCUGCUCACCAUCACGGCGUGUUACACCUUCAUGAUUAAACGCAUGGGUCAGCCCAGUGUGCAUCCCAUCGACAGCACCUACCAAUUUCAGGUGCAGGCAAAGCGAACAGCAGCAGUGCGUGCACUCUCCCGUAUGGUGGUGGUAAUGGUGGCCUUGUUUCUCAUCUGUUGGGGUCCCAUCCAAGUCUGCAUUCUCCUGCAAGGUUUCGGUCACCGGAGUUACAUACUGUACAAGAUGAAGAUUUUUGGUCACUGCAUGUCUUACUCCAACUCCUCUGUCAACCCACUGGUUUAUGCCUUCAUGGGUAAUAACUUCAGGAAAGCCUUCAAGCACGCCUUCCCCGCUGUAUUUUUGUGCCGCACGUGGAGGAGGGUCAGGGUGGGCCCCACGGACACGGAGCAUGGGAGAGAAAGAGAGCACUGGGACCCCAAGAGAGAAGCAGAGACACACUUCUUUUCACCUGAGUCCUAAAGGCCACACUGGCCUUUCAAAUACUGUUCUCAUUGUUUAUUUAUUGUGCACACCAGAGCACAAAGGGAUGUGGAGGCCCACUGAAAAACAAAAAUAGCUGUAGCAUGAAAAGCCUUACAAUUGGUAAAACCUGAAUGAAUUAAGUUAUUUGAACUUACGUUUGUAAGUUAGGUCAACUCUAGAUCAACUCUAACUUACAAACUUAAGUUCAAACAACUUAAUUCAGAAUGACCAAGUAAAAUGGGCUUAAUAUGCAUCAUUACAACUGACGAUCAAAUAACACAAAUCAGAGUUUGGAAGAGUGUUUAAAUUAGCGUGGUGUCAACAUGCUUUUUUUUUCACCUAAAAAAAUGGACACACAGUCCCAAAGUAACCCAAAGUUAAUGAAAUUAGAAUGAUGAAGAUGCUGCAGAUAUGUAGUGCGACGCUCAUUAAUGAGCAGCAAAGUUUCAAGGAGCCGCAACAGGUCUGAUGUUGACUUGAACUACUAAUUAACUAAAACAUUUCAACAAAUACUGCAGAGAAAGAAGCAGCGAUUACAUAUGAAGAAGCUGUUAUCUUAUCUCAGGAGCAGUGAUGUGAUGUGCACACACUGUUUUCUUUCCCUCCUUUUUGCCUACAAUGAAAUCCUGCACACUCGCCGGAGGUUUAAAUCUAAUGCAAUGCUAAACUACUCUCAGCCUUAGGAUCAUUGUCUUCUUUACAAUUUGCAGUUGUUUUAUUGGUAUCCCAGUGCAACGUAUAUAUGUGUGUAUAUACA